AUGUCAUUUGAAAUCACAAUUCUUGGGUCGUCAGGAGGUCCAUUAGAGGGAAGCACUUGUUCAAUUCUUCUAAAACCCGCAAACAUCUCUUAUCACGACAUCAUCAAUGACAAUCUACCUGAUCAAGUAUUAUGUAUCGAUGCUGGAUCAGGUAUGGGGAAACUAGCCGAGAUUAUUCAUCAGGAAACAACGACUAAGACUUCAUAUUGUAAUUUUCUUCAAUAUUAUCCUGAUUGUGAAACUGUGUCCUAUUAUUAUCAUCCUAAUGUAACCAUAACUACCCCAUUUUCCAACUUUCAACCAGGUAGACCGAUUCUACAUACCCAGAAUAUUUUCAAUAACCUACAAAAUUACCUUAUUUCCCAUUCUCAUUUGGAUCAUGUUUGUUCAGUAGUGAUAAAUUCUGCUGGAUUUAAUAAAAAUAUGCUGAAUAAAAUUUUAUAUGGAUCUCAUUACACGAUAAACGCAAUGCAACAACAUUUAUUCAACGGGAAAGUUUGGCCCAAUAUGCCUAGUUUCAAAAUCGUCAAUUUAAACUAUUUGGAAAGCAAUAGAAGUGAAAGAAUAGGAAUAUAUACAGUGAAAAUGUUUGAUUUGAGUCAUGGAGAGUUCAACAAAUUGACUGAAGACAAGGAAGACGCACAACACCAUAGCAAUAGUAACAGUAACAGUAAUAACAUCUGGGGGAAACGUUAUGACCGCAGGCGAUCAUCAAUUACUACCAUACCUCAAAACACUAGUGGUUUAAUUAUAAAGAAUUCCGAGGCUUUGAACCAUCAUUAUUUAUCAUCAGCUUUUUUGAUUACACUAGAAGUGCCUUGCACAAUUAAGGAACCCCCAUCUAGCAUAUUAGUAUUUGGAGAUUUUGAAAGUGAUCUAACCAGUAAAUUGUCCCGCAACUUAUUUAUAUGGAAGAGUAUAGCACCGUUAAUAUUGAGAAACCAAUUGAAAGCAAUCGUGUUGGAGUGUUCUAAUUGUAAAGAGAUAGCUGCCAACGAAUUAUAUGGUCAUUUGACACCAAAAUUGUUAAUUUAUGAAUUGAAACAAUUGGCGCAUGAAUGUAAACAAUUAGACACCGCCACCACCAGUACUGAACAACCAUUAUUAGGGUUGAAUGUCAUUGUAAAUCAUGUCAAGGAACCCAUUGCCGAUCCAAAUCAGGAAAGUCAAUUACAUGAUCCUCGAAAAAGAAUUUUAGCUGAAUUGAAUAAAUUAAAUGAGAUAGAAAAAUUAGGAUGUAAUAUUUCAAUUGCCCUUAGUGGCACCUCAAUUAUAGUAUAG